AUGGCGGCGAAAUCAAGAAAGAUUCCGAUGGUGAAGCGAGAAGACAAGAAGCAGUUAUUGGUGAGUUUCACCAAACGAAGGCAAGGUCUUUUCAACAAAGCAGCAGAAUUGUUCACGCUCUGCGAUGCUCAGCUCGCUGUUUUUGUUUCAUCGCCUAGUAAUAAUUCAAAACGAAAGGUUUACUCUUUUGGUCAUCCUUCAGUCGAUCAAGUGUUAGAUGCUUUUCUUGAAAACCGUCUUCCUAAUUUAGUAAGCUAUGAAUAUGGAGCUAAUAAGCAAUAUGCACUCUCUCUUUCUAAUGAAAUCAAGGCAAUGGAGGCCGAGCUUAAUGGCAAGAACAAGAAAGUAGAGAAUUUGGAUUUGGAAUUCUUCGAAAAUUCCAAAUCGGUUGAGGAGUUGGAGGCGCUUGUUGAUGCGCUUCAGGAGUUGACGAAGAAAGCAAAGAGUAGAUUUUGUAAUAAUAACUCAUCAGUUUCUCCUGAUGUUGCCAGUAAUGAGAAUAGUCUUCUUGAUGAUUCUCCUCCUACCUCUACUGCGUUAACUACUAGUGGCUACUGGCUGUGCCCCCCAAGUACUCGACCUUGUUUUGCUAAAGAUAUUUCUCCAACCACUUAUAUGUAAGCUUUGCUUCUCAAGAAUGCUAUUAUGGAAAGUUUAGAAACUUUUUGUUCUUAAAACUAAUAGUUUUUUCACCCAUGUAUAUCAA